GAGGGGCUGAGCGGUGAGCGCCAGCACUUGCAUGAAACAGGAGGUCCAUUCCUAUCAGAUACCCUCACAGACGCAUGGUCUAGCCCUCCUCCCCACAUUACUGCUUGUGCCAGCUUGCUUCACAGCAAAACGGUGCACCAUUCCCCACAAUAACAUAUCCUCCUCGCUUGUAACAAGUCCCGUGUAUGGGUGCUUAAUAAACGUAGCUUACUUAUUCUGGGCUGCGUGUGUCAAAUACGAAAUAGCUUCCCGUCGCUGCUGUGAGGAGUUCCAGCCCGCGGGGGAAGAGGGGGAAUAACGCCGAGGUUUGUAGUUAGUGACAUCAAUAACAGGGUCUCUGCCCCAGGGAGCCCGCGGGGGUGGCCACUAAGGCAGAGGCGUGGGGUAUUCAUUAAUCCGCGCCCCUUAUUAAUUAUUUGUUAACGUCCCGCGAGUUUGUUGGAGAGGCUGCCUUGGUGGAUGUUGUGUUGGGUCGGGGCUGGAAGCAGCCUCUAGCCGGGAUGGUUAUCGAAAAUCAUUUACAACCAAAUAUUCCAGGCAGUCGGUCAGAACUUGUGAACUGACUUUGGACACAAGAGAGACGGACGCAUUGCAAUCUGUGCGAGUUGUUACAAUGGCUCGUCGCUCUGAGGUUCCAUUGAAGGAAGCCCCAGAUGGAGGAUGGGGCUGGAUGAUUGUGAUCAGCUGCUUCCUAGUGACUGUCUGCACAAGGGCAGUGUCCAGGUGCCUCUCUAUAUUUUUUGUGGAGUUCCAGAAUUAUUUUGCUCAGGAUUACGCAAUGACAGCAUGGAUACACUCCACUGUCGACUGCACUACAAUGCUGUUUGCUCCUGUUGGGAGUAUUAUUAGUAACCAUUAUUCUACCAGAGUGGCAGUGAUUCUUGGAGGACUCUUGGCUGCUGGUGGCCUUGUCCUCAGUUCAUUCGCCACGUGUCUGGAGUAUCUGUACCUUUCACUGGGAGUCCUGACUGGUUGUGGAUAUGCUUUAGCUUAUUCUCCUGCUAUUGCUAUUGUGGGAAAAUACUUCAGCAACAAGAAAGCCAUGGCAUACGGAUUGGCCAUGUCAGGGAGUGGAAUUGGGACUUUCAUUUUAGCCCCAGUGGUUCAGCUGCUAAUUGAAGAAUACACUUGGCGUGGGGCAUUGCUCAUCCUCGGAGGCCUUGUCGCCAAUAUUUGUGUCUGUGGUGCUUUACUACGACCCCUUGUACUUGCUGAAGAUCUAUCUAGUUCUACCGUUGGAAAUGCAGCUGAGGAAUGUAACUACGAAGUGUCGCAUGAAGAUCCUCAACUGUCCUUUCAUUCUGUGGAUCCAACAUCCUUCGAAAAAAAAAAAGAUAAAAAGCAACUGUGCAACUGCUGCCCAUCCCAUAAAGAAUAUGCUUUCCUCCUGACACCAGACUUCCUUGUAUUUGCCCUAUCUCUGCUGUUCAUGGCCUAUGGCUGCAGUACUCCGUUUGUGCAUCUCGUACCAUACGCAGUGAGUGCUGGGGUCAGCCAGCAACAAGCUGCCUUCUUAAUGUCAAUCCUUGGCAUUGUGGACAUUGUUGGAAACAUCUCAUUUGGCUGGCUGACAGAUAGAAGGUGGUUGAAGAAAUAUCGCAAAUACUGUUACAUUUUAACCAUUGGGCUGGAUGGUGCCUCCUCUCUCUUCAUUCCUAUUCUGAGAUCUUUCCCACUCCUGGUUCCCUAUGCUGUACUUUAUGGAUAUUUUGAUGGGGCAUAUGUUGCCCUCAUCCCAGUAGUAACAUCGGACAUAGUAGGAAAUGCUUUCCUCUCCUCUGCUCUGGGAAUAGUGUACUUUAUCCAUGGGAUACCCUACCUCAUUGGCCCACCAAUAGCAGGUUGGUUGGUGGAUACAACAGGAAGUUACACUGCAGCGUUUCUUGUCAGUGGAUUGUCCAUGAUAUUCAGUUCCACGUUGGUCAUUUCUAUUGACUGGAUAAAGAAAUGCAGGAAUUCAGCGAACAUUCAAACCACCGUCGAAGAGUCGGAUCCCAGCAUUAUAGCUUUUCAGACUGCAUCAGACAAUCAGAUAUAAAAUCAAGAGUUUAUGUAAGCUAAGAAACAGGAGUAACAAGUUAGUGGCUUCCAGAAGGUCCUCAAAACAUGGAAACCAUUUUGUGUUGGCAAUCUAUACUUGAGUCAAUAUCAGUAAAUAUUUUGUUAAAUCUUUCAAUGCCAAAGUAUUUUUAUAUUCAGAAUAGUUUUUUCUCUAAAUUAUCUAAUUUCCCUCAUACAUUCCACACAUGCCUCUUGACAUGCCAAGUUGCCUUUUCACAGGUUUCUUGUUGUCCUUUUAUAAAACAAACCAGGGUGCAUUUAUGACUGUGUGACUCCUAUAAUGGAUCAGAUGUAUACAUCAGUGUAUGGUAGUUCUCUUUGUUAAUGUUGUGUCAAUGGACAAUUGUAAGAAUGAUAAUAAAAGGUUUUUGCCAGAUAAAAGAUUCUGAUAAGCAGGGUGCAGAGAUGAGAUGCAGAUUAGCUGCGAUCUGCUGCAAAAACAGACUGAGUCUCAAUCAGCUUGCAUUGUUACCAUGUAGAAAUUAGCUUGGAUUGAAUUGUUAUUGACUCACCUGUGUUUACUCAAAUUGUUCAUUUGACUGGUACAGCAAUGUGUCAGAUUUGUACAAAAACUAUAAUGCCUGGAGUUUCUUGAGGACGAGAUAGGAAUUAUAGAAACAUAUGAAAAGGUGUGUGUUUUAAGGAGCUUCAAAGUUGCCAUUCCAUUUUCACUAUAUAUCUUAAUGCUACCUUUCCAAACAGUCUGGUCUUUUGUAUUGACAAGUAACGUAAGGCACGUGCAUCCGAUUAUCGGGAAUAGUUCCACACAGAAGGAAACCCUCUGACCUGUCAUGCAUCUGCCAGCACUUUGGUAGAAGUGCACAAUUAUUUUAACCCUCCUCUUGUGCCCUGUAUUGCUGAAGUCGUUUUAUUUUUACUAUCAAUUUCUCUUUUGAAUUUCCAUCAACCAUUCUUGCAUAUUUUAUGAUCCAGAUUAUAAUUUACUGCAUAGGAAUAUGUUUCCUUCCACUACCUAGUCAACUUAAAUCUGCCUCCUGUUCUUGUGGAUCUUUUUGCUCCUGGAAACAACGACUUAUUUUAUCAGACACUAGCAUGAUUUUGGUUAGGUCCCUCAAAUCUCCCCUCAACACGUACUUUAAGGGGAGCAACCUCAUCCACCUUAUCUUCAUUAGUAUUCAGAAUACCACGGAUCCAUAGGUAUUUGCGAGUUGCACCCAUAAUUGAAUGCGGCAUUUCUGCAGAAGCAUUUCCGAUUUGAAGCUUGUAUGACUUCACUCCCUGACACCCCAGCAAAGCUGACGCAUCUACAGAUUGGAAUUUCUGGCUUGUGCACCAAAAUGACAGUGACUUCAACUAAAAUCUCACAACAGACAUGUUAACAUUCCUCAGUCCGUGCUGAAUGUGUUUACAGCAUAUCCGAGUGUGAAAUGUUCACAUCUUGUGUAUUUGUGAAGUAAACAAUUUGGAGCAGGAAUAUUAAUAAAACCUGCAAGUUUCCUGCUUUGAGAUGAAUUUUAAUGUGUAACAGUUUUCAUUGGUUUUCCUAGUUGGGGAGGUAGGGAGUGCUGGCUGAUAAGAAUUAGUUUACUGCCUAAACAGACAACAGUUAGAAAGAGGUUCAAAUGUCAGCAGGAAUUUUAAAAUGUUGGGAUGUUUCACAAUGUUAACUAAACUAACUAAAGCUAGAUGAAGGAAAAACGUUUCCAUUGUUGGGGGAGACCAUUUAAAACUGAGAUGAGAAAAAAACUUUUUCAGCCAGAGAGUUGGGAAUUUAUGGAAUUCUCUGCCACAGAAGGCAGUAGAGGCCAACUCACUGGUUGAAUUUAAAAGAAAGUUAGAUAGAGCUCUGGGAGCUAGCGGAAUCAAGGGAUGUGGGGGGAAGGCAGGCACGGGUUACUGAUUGUGGAUGAUCAGCCAUGAUCACAAUGAAUGGCGGUGCUGGCACGAAGGGCCAACUGGCCUCCUCCAGCACAUAUUGUGUCUGUGUUUUUGUUUCUUGAUGCUGCUCAUUAAUGUUUAGGUGUGGGAUAACAGUUAAGAUGUUCUUUCUCUUGCAUCUGUCUGUGUAACUUACUGAGACAGUCCUGAUUUCUGCUACAUUUUCUGGUUUGACGGAAGGAUGAUUGAUAGUUGAAUAAUGCAGUAUUGACUAAUGAAAUAGCUACUUCAUUCCUGCAUUCAUUGGUAAUUACAAAAUUAUCCAUUCAGUACAUCAAGUCUUUGGCGGCUGCCAGAAUGCAAUCCAUUAUUCCCUGUCCCCCUGCUAUUUGUUCUCUUGUAUACAUGUACACAAUGUUCCCCUUGUCGUUCCAUUUUGUGAUUCCUAAAUGUAAUUUACAUAUGCUAGAUGUAAUUUAGAGCAGCCAGUUAACUGACAAACACAUCUCUGCAAUGUGGGAGGAAACCAGGCCACCCGGAAGAAACCCAUGUGGUCACAGUGCAAACUCCCCACAGACAGCACUGGAGGUCAGGAUCAAAACAAAGUCCCAGGACUGAGUCAACAGCAUCAUACCACCCAGCCUUAGUACUGCAGAUUCCAUUAAUAUGAGUAGUGAUCUAUGUUACAGUUGUAGACACAAAAUGCUGGAGUAACUCAGCAUCUCUGGAGAGAAGGAAUGGGCGAUGUUUUGGGUUUUUGUACAUAGGAAGCAGAAUGAAACACUGCGUCACGGUUCACAAUUUAAUGUAUUUUUCUGCAGAUUUAAGUCAAACAUGUAAGCCCUUUGGAGAUUUGAACUCCAGUCUUCUGUGGGAACAGAUGAAGAAUUCUAAGUGGUAUUUUGACUGGCAUUAGCAGUCUGGGGCAAGGCCAAUCAGAAAAUAGACCAGAGGAUGGCACAGAAGGAUUCCAGGUCCCUUUAACAUUUUCUUCUUUGGAAACAAUCACAGAUGAGUUAGAAUGGUGACUGAUUAGCAGCUCCUCAGAGUUUACAAAGCUAUGGUACAUCAUGUGGGGUAAAGAGUGGGUCUGGGUGGUGCUUCUAGAAUGCCAGUGAUUUAGAGAAGGAAAACACGGCGAGCAUUCACAUCACACGACAUUCAUCUGACAAAUGUCCACACCUCUUUAUUCACUUGUCAACAUUCACAUUGAAGUGUACAUCAUCCGCAGCACAAGAGACUUUAUUCACAAUGUGUCUUCAGUCAAAAUGUACAGGAAGGAGGAACUGCAGAUGCUGGUUUACACCGAAGGCAGACACGAAAAGCUGGAGGACCUCAGCGGGACAGGCAGCACCUCUGGAGAGAAGGGGUGACGUUUCAGGUCAAGACCCUUCUUCAGACUGUCACACUGUGCAAUCAACUUUCACAUCACACUUGACAUCGAUCAUAUCAAACACUUCAUCAUUUAUGGGAGAUGGGAUAUAAUUGGCAUCAUUGACAUAAUUCAUACCACAGUACCGUAUAUAUACAUGCUGCAAUGAGGAUUUAUCCAAAACCAGUGCCAAAAGUCUGUCUUGAUUAUGCAUAAAUAUGAUUUAAUCAGUUUCUAACACUGACAUGAACUACUUGCACAAUGGGUCCACACUGUAGAUUAAUUUUGAUAUUUAUGAGAAAAUUUAAAGCUAAAUAUUAUUAAAGUAUACCAACGUAUGGUUUAAAAUUAUCGGCGACCAUUUUGUUCUAGUGAUUUGAUUUGAAGCCUUGUUUUCUCCUUUUUUAUCUAUAUAUCUGCAGUUUUAUGAAGAAAUAAAUUCUUUCAGAUUUGUUUACUUGUCUAACCUUCACACUUAAAAUUAUUUUCCAGACUGGGAAAUCUAAUUGGACAGAAGAUUUAGCAUGACUUCCCAUUAGCAUUGGUGACUGGGACCUCAGCCCAGUGAGGCUGACCUGCUCUGCCCUUUCCCAAACACCCCUCCCUCCACACUCCAAAUUCAGGCCUCAGACUCACCUACUUUGGCCAAGUGCCUGAAGGGAUGCCCUUUCCCCUGUGUGAAGCCUGUUCAUUAGCUCACUGCUGGGAAACAUAUGCACUACUAAACUUUACAGUGUUGCUCCCUCAAUGAAAACAUACAUUGCAUGCUGCACACCAGUCAGAUUUAUUGAAGGGGCAACAAUAAGAUGCGUUCCACAACAGUGUGUGAAUCACUGGGGAAAUGGUCAAAGAACGUUGGUGUGGUACGGUGGCACAGCAGUAGAAU